AUGAACCACGACUCGUCUGUCGCCCAAAAUGGGUCGUCAGUCAAUGGCGCCGCGAAACUCCCCUCCGCAUCCGACGCCCCCCGCACCCUCGAAGAAGUAGCCGUUGACCUUCGAAGAAAAGUACUUGAUCUGUUGGAGUUACAGACGGACGAUGAAUUGUUACAAAAUGUACAAAAUCAGACUCGCAUAUCUAUGAGGGUUAUUGAAGAUUCAUUUGAGCGGUAUGAUUAUAAAAUCGAAGAAUUGUCGCUUUCAUAUAACGGCGGAAAGGAUUGUCUCGUUUUAUUGAUUCUGAUUCUGGCCUGCCUCCCGUCGCCGAAAUUGAAAUUCGCGAGUUUUCCGCAAACCCUCCAAUCCAUAUACAUAAAAUCAUAUGAGUCAUUCGACGAAGUCGAUGAGUUCGUGGACACUUCCACGAAAGAAUAUUCCCUCGACUUAACUCGCUAUGUGCUCCCCAUGCGCGCGGCACUAGAGGAAUAUUUGAAGGAGAAACCGAAUAUCAAAGCCAUAUGGAUUGGAACGAGGCGAGUCGAUCCGAAUGGUGGACACCUUACGCAUUUUGAUCCUACCGAUGGAGAUUGGCCUCGUUUUAUGCGGAUACACCCUGUUAUUGAUUGGCACUAUGUUGAAAUAUGGGCCUUUAUUCGCCAUCUAGGGUUGGAUUAUUGCCCUUUGUACGACAGAGGCUAUACGUCGCUCGGAGGUAAAAAGGAUACUGUUCCCAAUCCUGCCCUUGAAGUCCCAGGUCAACAGUCCCAAUUCCGACCGGCCUACGAACUCAAAGAAGAUAACGAAGAGCGACGAGGCCGUGAGCGAUGA